CGUUUUCCGAUGGACCAUGGCUUCCUACAUAGAAUGUUUAUCAUUUUUCUAUAAAUUUCCAUUGAUUAAUUCCCCAUAGAUUUUUCUAUAGGGCAUAACGAUCUAGAUCCCAAAUUUCUUAAUAAUUUUUUUGAACCCAUAUUAAAUCGUGACCUCUGGUCUCUCCCUAAAUUUCCAAUGCCAAAACUAUUUCCUAUAGAUUUAUCAAUACAUUUCUCUAUAAACUCAUGCUUCUCUUAUCCCCAUACAAUCUCACUAUAUAAUUGUUUUGAUACUGCGAUCAUCGCAUGCCCGCAUCAACUAUCCAUUUAAUCCAGAUCACUCGAGUGUAAAUAAUUAAACGUAAUAAAAUCAGCGCCUCUCUUCCUCUUACCCCAUACAAAGUAUAGAUAAUAAUAUAUUAAAUCCAUUGAAUAUUUCAUACAACCGGUCAUUAUAAAGUAAAACCAGAAUUAAUGUAGGCUCUUUCGUGUGUUACAACGGUCCAGGAAGCGGAGCAUGAAGAUACGGCCUUGCUCUCUUACCAAUCCGCGAUCCACUGUCCAUCUUUAUUUUUCCAAAUAACAACAAUAAUAAAUAUAUGUUUAAUAAAUAACAACAGAGGCAUUUACGUGGUUUAAAAUUUUUGUAGCACAUCGUUGACAAUUUAGUAGCCCGUCUGAUGAUAAUGACCUUAUAUCUAUAAGAUACCUUUUGGUUACACCGUUUUACACGCUCGUCUUGUUGCGUCUCUAUAAUAACCAUCGAAAGGAUAAGAGAGGGAGUACUUUUGACACACAUUUUAGACCGCGUGAAUCCAAUCCACGAGAGACCGACCGACCGGAUAGUGGAUUGGAUAGUCUUGGGUCUCGAUGUUAGUUUUAAAGGAGAGAUCCAAGUGAACGCAAGUCUGGGUUAGUUUUUUUUUAAUCUUCGUAACAGCAUCGAUCGACUGUGACAGUAAAAAUUUAUUUUGUGAAACAGUUUUAUAAUUUUUUUUUUUAUUUUUUUAAAUAAAUAAAAUAAGUUACGGGUUUUAUAAGGACAUGAUAAGAGAUAAGAAUUAUUUUUUCAAGUGGCAUAGGCGAAUAAGGGAUUGCAAAAUUGUUAAAAAAAUUUUUUUGUAAUGAGACAUUUUUGAAAAUAUUUUUUAAAAUAAAUUUUGAUAGUAGUUUUUUUUUUAAUUUUGAAAUUUGUUUUAUUUUUUUUUUUAUUGAUAAUCAAAAUGUUAAGGGUAUUGUAUGUUUUGUUAUUGUCGACGAUAUAUGUUAGUUCGUUUAGUUUUGUAAAUAUAGUAAGUUUUGCUAAAUAUUUGUACCCGCGAAAUUUGACUUAUUUGAAUACUGGCGCGGGCAGCAAUGAAUUAUGGAGAGGAAUUUUGAGAGAUUGUAAUAAAAAAUUGACUUUUUCGUGCUUACAAAAAAAUGCCUACUCGUAUUUGGACAACACGCUUGGUGACUAUGACAACAUAACGGUUUUUGACGGCUUUUUGUUGACCAAAAAUAAUUUGAAUUAUGACACAUGUUCGAAGAACUGUGGGGAUGAGAUAGAAGAGGAAGAAAAUUUUGUUGAUCAGGGUCGGAGUAAAAAAGAUGAUGAUUAUGACGAUGGGCAGGGUUAUCAAGAACCCAAAACACCAUUGGAAGAAAUAACAUCGGCGCUGAGAGACCGGACGGUUAAAUUUUUGGCCACGCGCGAUUACGAAAUCCAACUUCCGGAAUUUAUUUUUGACAAGGCGAAAAUAAAAAUAAGCCCGAAGGAAAUAGAUCGAGAUGGGGCACUAGUACGAGUUGAUUUUGGGUCACGUGGACUUGAGCAUGGGAGAUUUUUCAAAAAAAUUCGUAAAUUUAUACAGAACCGGUUGCUCCUGAGUUUCCUGGCACUGAUAUUGAUUAUUAAAUUGAUUAAGGUCAAGUUCAUGUUCAUAAUACCAUUUUUGUUUGGAAUUGGAACGGCCAAAAAAAUAUUUUUGAAACUUUUGCUCUUCUUCAUACCGGCGUUUGCUCAUGUGUUUAAAUUGUGCUCCAGUUAUUACAACUCCCAUACAAAAUAUCAUCAUCACCACCACCAUCAGAUCGCUCAUCAUCAUCAUCACGUUCCAGUUCCCGUUCCAGUACCGGCUCCAGUGCCAGCACCCACGUACUACGAUCCACAUCAUCAUUCACCUCACCCGCCUUAUCAUGACGAGGAAUUUGAAGGUUACGAUUACGCACAUCCGCACAUUCAGCUCCGCAAAGACAUGGAGGAGUUAAAAGAAUGGGGAAUCGAUUCCUUCACUGAUCUCCACGACGAUAACUUGAGCAACAAAUUAUCCCCGGUGCAGCAUAAUUACAGCCCGUAUCUGAAGCCCGCAAAUGUGCCAGUGCAACUGGGACAGCCAGUAAAUGUGCCGUCUCAUGGUCAAAAUUUGGCGUACAGUGGAUACCUGGAUGAUCAAAAGUUCAAUCGGCGGGUAUCGGGUGGAUCUGUGGGCGUUGGACCUGGAAUAGUGCCCAGUGUUCCAAUUCCUUCGGCACAAGUUGGACUUAAUACUCCGUCAAUUAAACACACUCCCGUUGCACCAACGCGUAAUGAUUUAAAGGCAACUCAUACGCUUAUUAACAACAACAACAACAACAACAACAUGCAACAAGUGCAUCCCGUUUUUGUGCAACACUCGCAACAGCCGGUUACAAAUCCUCAGCAACAGACACAAAUAAACAAUAAAAGACUCACGCAGCAACACGUACAGACCCAAGUGACGAAUAAAAAAAAUACCGGUGAGCUCGGUCAAGUUACUAAUCAAGUUGACCGUGUCGCGAUCCACGAUGAUACUUUUUAUGGACCAAUACUACGCAGACUUGAUGAUAUAUUUUUACAACUCAAAUUCAGUGAAGAGCCUUGUAAGGAGAGACUCAUUUGUAGCAUGUACAAAAAUCCUGGAAUUUAUUCACCGCACAGUAAUAUUGUGUCUAAUGAAUUGUCGAGAGACCCACAAGAAUUGAAGCGUAAAGUUACUGGUAGCGCUUCCAGUCAACGAUUCUAUCGGUAUGUCGCAGCUGCACGUUUGGGACAAGAAGGAGGAGAUUGUCUGAGAAAUUAUCCAUGUCAUAUAAAUACAGAGUGAAUAAUUUACAGUCAUAAAAAAAAACGUUUAUAAGUAACAAAGCAAAAUCAACAAUUAUUUAUUAAGAAUCUAGUUCGUAAUGGCUAUCAACUAAAAUUAUUUAUUAUUUAUUGUUCAUAUUCACACCAAUUUGCUAUUUUUCUUCAGUUAUUUAUUAUUGUUACUCAACAGUGGCUCUGUUGACGCUCAUUAUUUUUAAGUAACACUAGGUGAGAUCGGGGUAAAAUGGGACAUGAUUCAUUUAUUUGGUGACAGGACUAAAUGUUGACGUCGAAAUUCCCUACACUGUAACAAAUUUUGAGUCCGUUCUGUGGUGUGAAUUUUUGGUGUGAAAAUUUUCAAUAACAGGAUGUGAAAUUUAGGACCGUUUAGUAGAAUGUUCACACCAAGCACUAUGGAAGUUCUCGAGGAUCAAUUUCACACCAAAAAUUUUUUACAGUGCAUAAGACAUAAAAUUCCUGAAAAAAAGUCCAUGAAUAUUUUUUAUUCGAAUUUUUAAAUUCAUGGGAAAUUUUGAAGCGGAAAUUUAGUCGUGUUACCAAAUUUUUUUUCUGUUAAAAAAUAUUUAGUUACGACUGCUAGAAAAAAUGAGGGCAAUUUGGUCAGCCAGAAGAGCAAAGCCAAUUUUCAAUUUCCAAAAAAAAAUUUUUUCCAUGGCCCGUUUUACCUCAGUAAAUUUGUCUUAAUUCUCAUUAAAUUAAUUCAAAUAACGAACACUUGAACCAACUUGCCCCAUUUUUCUAAACCAUAACUUGAAAUUUUUAAACAGAAAAAAAUUGCUUUUUUUUUUUUAAUAAUGAUUUAUUUAGUCAGUCUCAUUUUACCCCGGUUUCUACUUUUUAUAAUUACUCUUAAUAUUUUUUUACUUGACAUUGUAGCCCUUGAGUAACAAUAAUUAUUAAAAUGUCAUUAAUAAUUGCGAUAAAUAUUAAAAAUAAAAAAUUGCACACCUCGAGCUCUCAUAUCAUAAAUAUAUAAAAAGCUUAUAUAUAUAAAUUGUCAACGAUAAUUAUUUUGCUCGACUCACUCUCCAGACAAUUUGAUACGCGUAUCAAAAAUAAAAUUAAAGAGUGAGACAAAAAAAUGAGCACGUCGCGCUUGAGGUGUGCAAUUAAAAAAAAAUAACUACUGUUAUCUCACAGAAACUGAAGCAAAAAUAAGCCUAUUCAUUUAUAAUAAGGGAUUGUUUAUUUAUUUAUUUAAAAUUUAAAAAUUUAUUAUUUUUAAUACCCGGGUGCCAUACCCAGUAAUAUAAUUAAAUAUAUGUAUUUUAGAUAUUAAAAUAAAUGUG